AUGGGCAUCCUUAAAGAAUCCAGCUCUUUAGGGGUGUGGCGGGAAGACCAGCCGUCCAGGCUACGGCAGGAGUCCAAGGCCAGCAUCCUUGAAGCUGCCCACCUGCAAGUCCAGGUCAUGACUCCACCCCUCAAGGAUGGGCAAGGCCAGGGCGUGAGCCAGCGCCUGCUGGGCCAGCCUGUUGGCUCCCAGAGGUGCCCGGAGGAUCCCUUCGCCCCGGGCUCCGCCUCGAUCAGCACCCCCGCUUCCCAGUGUCCACCUCCUGGGCCUCCAACCUGCACGGACGUCCGGAUCCUAGCAGUUCCAGGCUGGAGCCGCCGCCGCCGGCCCGCCGUGCCUCCACCUGCCCGCAGCCCUUGGCACCUGCCCGCGCCGCCCGCGGCCCAGCGCAGCCUAGCCUGCUGGGGGCGGGGCCUCGGGCGUGGAAGCGCCCCCGUCGCCGUGGGAACCGUGGCCGGCGGCGCCUGCGCGGAGGGCCCCGGGGCGGAGCGCUGCCGGCGGACCCGUGCUCUCGGCCGGCGCCGGGGCCGGGGGACGGUGAGACAGGUCAGGGGUCACGAGUUUGCCCCGACAUUCCUCCCGGAAGCGGUCCCGGCCCUCGAGCCCCGACCCCGCCGCGCCGGACUCAGAACGUUGUUCAUGAUCCCCGCCCGCAUUCCCGGGGUCAGCCCGCGGCUCUGGCUGGGAUCCCUCGCAAUGGACACCGACCGGCCGCCGGGUCUGCGACCCCAAGAGCCUAAUGCAGCCCGGGAACUCAGGAGGCGCACGGUCUUUAUUAAGCACCUGCAGUAUGCUGGAUGUCAGGGACCCAGUGGUGAAGCAUCUGGCAAUAUACAGGCUCUCGUGGAGCUUACAGACAUUGUAAACAAUAUUUGCACGAAUAAAUUGAAUUGUAUUUGUGACUCGUGCUUUCUUCCUUAG